GGAGCUGGAAAUUGCAUAGGAAAGAAAAAGAUUUGCCAAACGGAAUCAAGGAUCGAUAACUGCAAUGGUGGCGAGAAACCAACAUUUGGUUCCCAUAACGUGGGGAUCAUCAACAAAGUUCAGUAUACUUCAGGUUUUUGUUGCACUUCUUUUUGCUGUGUUUUUCAUCGGAGCAGUUUAUAUGGCGGGAGAGUACGUCACAUUUAACAUGAUUCCGGCGUCAGUUGAUGAUAUGUUUUCAGGCGAUUCAUUGUCAGAGUGCAAUUUAUUUUCUGGGAAAUGGGUGUUUGAUAACACGUCUUACCCUCUUUACAAAGAGAAAGAAUGCAAAUUUAUGUCGGAUCAAUUGGCCUGCAACAAGUUUGGAAGGGAGGAUUUGAGCUAUCAGAACUGGAGAUGGCAACCUCACCAUUGUGACCUUCCAAGGUUCAAUGCAACAAGAUUGUUGGAGAGGCUAAGGAAUAAGAGGAUGGUGUUUGUAGGGGAUUCUCUAAAUAGAGGUCAAUGGGUUUCAAUGGUUUGCCUUUUAGAUUCAUCCAUCCAGGAUCCAAACCUCAAAUUCAUGAACUACAAUGGUUCUAAUUUAAUCUCCUUCAAAGCCGUGGGGUACAAUGCAUCGAUCGAGUUCUAUUGGGCACCAUUGUUAGUCGAGUCUAACUCGGAUGAUCCAGUGAACCAUAAGCUACCAGAAAGGAUUGUUCGAUCUCAAUCUAUUGAAAAACAUGCUAGGUUUUGGACUGAUGCUGAUAUACUGGUAUUCAAUUCAUAUCUUUGGUGGAGAAGACCCCAUAUCAAAGUCUUGUGGGGUUCGUUUGAAGAUAAAAAUGGGAUAUAUAAGGAAGUGGAAAUGCUUCGUAGCUAUGAAAUGGCUUUAAAGACAUGGUCGGAUUGGUUGGAGAUUCAAGUUGAUCGAGCCAAGACUCAGUUGUUCUUUAUUAGCAUGUCACCUACACAUGAAAGGGCCGAGGAGUGGGGUGCAUCCAAUGACCAAAAUUGUUACAACGAGACAAAUUUGAUUACAAAAGAAGGAUAUGUAGGUAGCGGUACAGAUCCUAAAAUGAUGAAAAUAGUUGAAAAUUCCAUUGAUGAAUUGAAAAGUAGAGGUUUGAAAGUUGAAAUCAUCAACAUAACUCAACUUUCAGAAUACAGGAAAGAAGGACACCCAUCAACUUAUAGAAAACAAUGGGAGACACUUAGUGAAGAACAAUUAUCAAACCCUAGUAGCUAUUCAGAUUGUAUACAUUGGUGUCUUCCUGGUGUGCCUGAUGUGUGGAAUGAGCUUCUUUAUGCUUAUAUAUUUCGACAAUAAAAAAAUCUCAAAGAUUGUCAUCAAGCCUCCACUUGUUUGAAUGUUAACUUACAAUUUUUUGGAAGUGUAAAAGUUUAUAUAUUGCCAAAGUAUAUACGACUUAUACUAAUGACUACAAUGUGGUUGCUAGUAUAAAAGUGUACAAAACAUAUCAUAUGCGGGAGAUCAAAUGGUAAUUUUUUUAACAAGUAGAAUACAAUUAGAUCCUGUCUAUUGUAUAAAUUACAAGUAUUUGAUCAUUAGCAAUUACAAUCCAUCUAUUUUAUUAUA